GAGGGGGUUUCAGCAGUCUGUAAAAGCUCUGCUUACUCUGUAAAAGGAUUACGCUCAUUGUCCUCUGUUGCUUCAAUCCUCCUGCAGUCCUUUAAGGGGAUCUUUGGGUAAAAGAUAAAGAGUAAGAUUGGGCGAGAGCAUCUGAUUGUGUGAUUUAAGCCUCUUGGAAGAAUCAUGAGGGUGCUCUCUCUUGCCUGCCUACUUGUGGCACUCUGUGGGAUACCUGCAGCCGUUGUUCCACAGAAUGACAAGAAAAGAAAUGAUAGGCCAAUCAUCGGGGUAUUGGCACAAGAGUUAAAAUAUCCUGAGCCAAAGCGUAAUUCCUACAUUGCUGCAUCUUACGUCAAAACUCUGGAGGCUGCAGGGGCUCGUGUCGUGCCUGUGAUGGUCAAUCGGUCUGAAGAAGAAUACCGCCAGUUGUUCAACUCUAUCAAUGGUAUUCUUCUCCCGGGCGGAGCUGCAAACCUUAUGACAUCAGGAUAUGCUAAAGCAUCUCACAUCUUCUACAAAUUUGCUUUGGAGGCCAACUCCCAGGGCGAUUACUUUCCAAUUUGGGGUACUUGUCUGGGAUUUGAACAGCUGUUGGUCAUUACAAUUGGAGAAAAUCCACUGUGUCUAACUAACACCAGUGGAGUGUCUCUGCCAUUGGAGUUUACAAAAGAUGCCGCUGAGAGCAAACUCUUUAAAGAUUUCCCAUCUGAGGUGAUGACCUCUCUGGCAACUGAGAACAUCACAGUGAAUUUCCAUAAAUGGAGCAUCUCCAUGGAGAAUUUCACCAAGAGUGAGGAGCUGAGAAGCUUCUACAAAGUCUUAAGCACCAAUACAGAUGGGAAAACAGAGUUCAUUUCAACAAUGGAGGCAUACGACUAUCCUAUAUAUGGAGUCCAGUGGCAUCCAGAGAAAAAUCCGUUUGAGUGGAGUCGGACAUACUACCCUCACACACCAUCUGCAAUCAAAAUGUCCUUCUACAUGGCAGACUUCUUUGUCAAUGAGGCAAAGAAAAGCUUACAUUCCUUUGCCAGUGAAGAAGAAGAACUGAAGCAUCUGAUCCAGAACCACCACCCAGACUUCUCAGGUGCUGAUGGCUCUUCGUUCCUGCAAAAGUAUUAUUUUGAGUAAACCAAAAUAAAUGUAUGGACAUAUCAUAAAUAAAAAAAUGUAACAAGAAAGACAAGGCCC